AGCUUGUCGGUGUCAUAUUAGUUGUUCCCCUGCACGUGUUUUCAUAUAUCAGUACAUUUAUAUUUUUCAAUACAAAAAAAUGGUAAAAGUUCAGAAACCAUUGCCAAAAUCCAUUGCACCCUCUUCCAAAACCGCGAACAAAGCGGCCAAUGGCAUUAAAAAGGAAAAGCCAGGCAAGGAUGUUAAUGUGAAAGCAAAGAAGGCCAAAGCGAAGUUGAUGGAGCAAGUUGCUCAAGAAAAGCAGUUAAGUCAAACCAAAUCCAUGAAAAAUGAUGUCGCCAAGGAACAGAAAAAUGGGAAGAAAAACAAGGAGAUAAUAAAGCAACAAAAGCCCAUAGUUUCCCAACCAACGGCUCACACAGAAAAGGCUCCAAAAGCAGAAGUUGGCAAAGAAAAGAAAAAAUUUCCGCCAACACAAGCGAAAUCACAAGAGGUGGUCAGCAAACAAACUAACUCGGAAAGUAAGCCUCCCCAUACACAGUCAAGUAAGAAACAGAAAAAUAAACAAAAUAAGGCCAAUCAAAAACCCAAACAGACACAAGAUACGGCUAACAAGCCUGAACUUAAAUCACAAAUUCAAGCAGGCAAGCAACAAAAAAAGAAGAAACCCCAACCGAAAACAAAUAAAGUGCCCAAGGUACCCUCAGUUCAAUUCGAGCCAAUGCCUUUCGAUGAAGAGCAAUUCAAUAAAAUUGUAAAUUUAGAAAAUAUCAAAAAGGUCGCUAAGGCCCUUAAAAAAUUGGUGGAGAAAGAGGUGAGCGAAAAAAAGACAUCAAUAUUCAGUGACUACAGAUAUUUCUUGAAUGUCAGCAGUUACAAAAUUCCCAACUGUCCUAAGCGUAUGGUCAAACUAAAUGUGAAACACUCUUUGGUGGAUCCAAAAGAUGGCGAUGUCGUUAUUAUUGUACCCGAUUUGCAACGUGGUGCUAAAAUGGAUCAUGAACCCACUGUACAACACUAUGAAGAUCUGUUUCGUGAAGCCGGAGUCUCCAAUCUAAAGAUUGUCCCCUUCAAUCAGUUGCGUAAAGAAUGCACAACAUAUGAAGCUAAGCGGAAAUUUGCCAACACCUAUGACUACUUUCUAUGUGAUGGCCGUAUUGUGGGUCAUGUUGUUGGCUUCUGUGGUAAAAAUUUUCAGAAACCACGCACCACAUUUCAUGCUGUGGGCUUGACUGAUCCCAAAACAUAUAAAAAGGAAAUUGAGCGUGCCUUAAAACGUACCGCUUACAAGCAAAUACAAAAAGGAGAUCUCGUUUCCAUACCUGUGGGCAAUCAUCGCUAUAGUAUCGAACAUUUGGCCGAAAAUGUCCAAAUGGUUGUUGAACAAUUGAAAACCCUCUAUCCCGGAGGUUUGGGAAAUAUACGCCAAAUGAAUAUGAAAAUUGAUAUCACCGGCACAUCCUCUCUGCCGUUGUAUGUUAAUUUGGCUGGUGCUCCUGCUGAGACCCCUAACGUUGUAGGUUCACGGGAACAACGUAUGCUUAAGUUGAAGAAGGAAGCUAAUGAUGUUUUGGAGCAAUUUAAUCUUAGUAAAUCCGGGGAAUUUGUUAAGCUAGAUAGGACACAAGUGGAACGCAAGCGCCAAAUCAAACAGGCUCGGCAAGUAUUGAUCGCUGUUGAUGCGGAAAAUGAGGAAACGCCUUCCAAAAAAGCUAAGAAAGAUAAUGAAGAGGAAGAUUCUGAUAGUGGAGAGGCAGCCGAAGAAGAUGAAGUCGAAGAAGCAGAGGGUGAUGAUGAGGAUCAAGACGGCGAAGAUGACGAUAGCAAUGAUGAUGAAGAAGAUGAAGGGGAUGAUGACGAUGAUGAUGAGGAUGAUGAAUAAGUAGUUUUAAUAAGAUUAAGUAUGCUAUAUAAUAGAUCCCGCUCUAUAUUUUUAUUAUGUUUGCGAACCUUAAACAAAAUCCAAAAUAUAUGUAUGAAAAAUAAUAAUGAGAUUUGUAAAUGUACACUUACGAUA